AAAAAGGAGACAUGCCAGCAAAACCUCCCGGCCCUGCCACUGCCAUGAACGAAAUUUGAUCCCCACUCGCAGUCCUCCCAAAUCUCUGAAAUCAAAGCACCCUUCCCCAGAAACCCACAGCAGAGAGAGAGAGAGAGAGAGAGAGAGAGAGCGAGAGGUAGAGAGAGAUGAAGAGGGAUCAUGGAGACACUUGUAAUGGCGCCUAUGGCGGUGGGGGUAGCGGUGCCCCGAAGGGCGAGUCCCUGUCCUCCUCAAUACCCGCCUCUGGCAAGGCCAAGAUGGUGAUGUGGGGAGAGGACGGCCAGGAUCCGUGCGGCGGGGGCGGGGGUGGCAUGGACGAGCUUCUCGCGGCUCUUGGCUACAAGGUGAGGUCCUCGGACAUGGCCGACGUCGCCCAGAAGCUCGAGCAGCUCGAGAUGGUGAUGGGCACCGCUCAGGAGGACGGUAUCUCCCACCUCUCCUACGACACCGUCCACUACAACCCCUCCGAUCUCUCCUCUUGGGUCCAGAGCAUGCUCUCCGAGCUCAACCCUCCGCCGCAGCAGCUCGCCCACCCGGUUCUCGCUCCGGCCGAGUCGUCCUCCACCGUCACACAGCACCAUCAUUCGCAUACUGGGUCUCAGUCUCAGACUCAGACGCAGUCCCAGGUCAUCUUCAACGACGACUCCGAGUACGACUUGAGGGCGAUUCCCGGCGUUGCCGCUUACCCGCAGAGUGACUCGGACUUCGAGAGCACCGCCCGGAAGAGGUUGAAGACCUUGAACGGCGGGUCGAAUUCGUUGUCGUCCUCGUCCUCUUCGUCGGCCGCCGGGGCGGCGCCCUCCGAGUCGACUCGGCCGGUCGUCCUGGUUGACAUGCAGGAGGCAGGGGUGCGGCUCGUCCACACGCUCAUGGCCUGCGCUGAGGCGGUCCAGCAGGAGAACCUGAAGCUGGCCGAUGCGCUCGUCAAGCACAUUGGCCUGCUCGCCGUUUCGCAGAACGGGGCGAUGCGCAAGGUAGCGACCUACUUCGCUGAGGCGCUCGCCCGCCGGAUUUACCGAAUCUACCCCCACGACGGCGGCCUCGACUCCUCGUGCAGCAACGACAUCCUCCAGAUGCACUUCUAUGAGACCUGCCCUUACCUCAAAUUCGCCCACUUCACUGCCAAUCAGGCGAUUCUGGAAGCCUUCGCCAACGCCAGCCGCGUCCACGUCAUCGACUUCGGCCUCAAGCAGGGUAUGCAGUGGCCGGCCCUCAUGCAGGCUCUGGCCCUGAGGCCCGGCGGUCCGCCCGCCUUCCGGCUCACGGGGAUUGGCCCACCGCAGCCAGACAACACCGACGCUUUGCAGCGGGUCGGCUGGAAGCUGGCUCAGUUGGCCGACACUAUCGGGGUCGAGUUCGAAUUCCGGGGGUUCGUUGCGAAUUCGCUGGCUGAUCUCGAGCCUGCCAUGCUGGACAUCCGCCCUCCCGAGGUCGAGACGGUGGCGGUCAACUCGGUGUUCGAGCUCCACCGGCUGCUCACCCGAUCUGGGGCGAUUGACAAGGUUCUGUCCUCCAUCAAGGCUAUGAGACCUAAGAUUGUGACGAUGGUGGAACAGGAGGCGGAUCACAAUGGCCCGGUGUUCGUGGACCGGUUCACAGAAGCGCUGCAUUACUACUCCAGCCUGUUCGACUCGCUGGAAGGGUCUGGGGUGACCUCCCCGAGCCAGGACCUGGUCAUGUCCGAGAUGUACUUGGGUCGGCAGAUUUGCAAUGUUGUGGCCUGCGAGGGGCCGGAUCGAGUGGAGCGGCACGAGACGUUGGCACAGUGGCAGGCGCGGAUGGGAUCGGCUGGGUUCGACCCGGUCCAUCUGGGGUCCAACGCGUUCAAGCAGGCGAGCAUGUUACUGGCCCUGUUUGCAGGUGGAGAAGGUUACAGAGUAGAGGAAAACAAUGGCUGUCUCAUGCUCGGUUGGCACACGAGGCCUCUGAUCGCGACUUCGGCGUGGCAACUCGCUGCGACUCAGUGAAUCUAGUGACAUUCAGCUGAGUUAGAUCGAGACUGAGACAGAUCCUGUUGUGGGUUCGACCCCCUUAGAUGUUGAUCAGUGAUUGAAAGCGCUUUGCCUGAGUUGGGGAGGUGCUAAGAGAGAGGCUACGAAACAACCUCAAGAGUGUGUAGUUCCACUUCUUGUUUUUUGCCUCUGUGUAGUCUUCUGCAAGAUCUUCCAAUCUUCCUUAUUGAUUUAUUUCAUGAAUUUUGGUUUUGGUUAGACCUUUGGGCCUCUACUCAAGGUUGGAUGAAUGCGAAUGUGUAUCCUCUGCAUUUAACUUUUGGAAUAAAAUGAUGAUGAUGACGAAGAUAAUGAUU